AUGGCUGCGCGAACUGAGGAGAAAAGCAAGGGCUACAGCUUCCUGAUUGUGGUCAAUAAGAUCAUGCAGAAUACCUUUUCGUCGUGUGAAAGUCAAGUCGCCGUUGAAUUUGGAGGCUUUGUCCACAGGCUGCUGAUACUGUUCACAGAGCCCGUGAAGCGGAGACGUUGGUGGCUCGUUCUCCGCCUGGGUCCUGAGAAAUGUCCGGACCGCUUCAUGACUACCAUUAGCCAACGCGGCGAGAAUCGGUGCACCGCAACGCCCAGCUUCAAUUUGGAAGCAAAACUUCCUCCGAGAAUGGUUGCGUAUAAGGUCGGCCAGGUUAUCCUUCCCAAAGAUGUAGAGGAGACUGACUGA